GAUAGUCGAGCCGUAGUCGAGACAUCUUUAGUGUGACUGGUGAUCAUCAAUUCUCAAUAAUUAACUACAAGCUUCUGUUUCUCGAGUAGUUUCAAAGUAGCAAGACGAAGGUAGCUUUUCCAUCUUCUAAAUCGUUUCCACAUCCUUGUAAGUGCCCGUAACCCAAACAAAGCGAAGAUGUCGUAUAUGCUGCAACAUCUCCACAAUGGAUGGCAAGUGGAUCAGGCAAUUCUCAGUGAAGAGGACCGCUGUGUGGUUAUAAGAUUUGGCCACGAUUGGGACCCACAGUGCAUGGUGAUGGACGAAGUACUCUACAACAUAGCGGAGAAAGUGAAAAAUUUCGCUGUCAUUUACCUCGUGGACAUCACGGAAGUGCCCGACUUCAACAAAAUGUACGAGCUGUACGACCCUUGCACCAUCAUGUUUUUCUUCCGUAACAAGCACAUUAUGAUUGACUUGGGCACCGGUAACAAUAACAAAAUUAACUGGCCUUUAGAGGACCCGCAGGAAAUGAUUGAUAUCCUGGAGACUGUUUACAGGGGAGCGAGGAAGGGCCGAGGUCUCGUCGUGUCUCCAAAGGAUUACUCCACGAAAUAUCGAUAUUAAUUAAACCAUAGAUCAAUCAUUAUUUCAUCAAACUUCUCACAAAUUUCUGUCAUUUGAUUUAGGAGAUAUUUUAGGAAUAGUAGAAGAAUCAUCGUCGUCGGUAAAUUUUAUCUGAGUAUAAGUGUGUAUUUACUGACCUUUUGUCCAUUGUACAAAUCCGGUUUCUGAUUAACAAAUCCGGUUCUCUUUUUCUCUCUGAAAUGUAUUUUCAUUUAGAUGUAGAAUAUCGUGAAGUUCUCUAUUAAGCAUUAAUAUAGUUGAGUGAAUAGUUUUGUACUUGAUCCUACCUAAAGAGUACAGUUGACUUAACGA